GAGAGACUCACUAAAUUGAUGUUGGGUGGAGAGACAUGACCGACAAUGGAGAGAAGACUUGUGGUUUGGAUAUAUUUGUUUGGAUAUUUCUGUGCUUCUGCUCAAGAUUCAACUCAGACCAUGACUCCAGGAACAAGUACUGUGGCAACAGAAAAGGAUGGUGAAGAAACAUUCAUACCUCUGAUUCCAACGAACGCAACAGGAAGUAACAGUGCUGUCAUAAUCAUCAAGACUACAACCAAGGCACCGAGAAGCACAUCAAGAACUAAUGCUUUCAAUGAGAAUACAGAAAAGGCAUCAACAUCCAAAACGACAAUGCCUAAAACAAUUACAACAAAAAACAGAACCACGUCCAGUAAAACUAUAAAUACGACAACUAUAACAACGCCAACCACACCUUUUACAAAAACAACACAAAACAAAACCAAGAAAACACCAAGCACCACGCUUCCAACAACAAAUACAACCAUGACAACCAAAACCCAAAAUAUGACCAUUUCAAAAACACCUGAUCCAAGGACAACCACUGUGACCACGACUACCCAUAACACAAUAAUACCCACAAUGCCAAACACCACACUUCCAAUGAUGAAUACAACCAUAACUACCACAACCCAGAAUAUAACAAUUUCCACAACACCUGAAAAAAGGACAGCCACGACAACGACAAACAAAAACACAACCGACACAACCAAUACAACGCCAAGCACCAUGGUUCCAACAACAAAUACAACUGUGACUACCGCAACCCAAAAUAUAACCAUUUCCACAACACCUGAGGAAAGGACAGACACAUUUUUCACAACUACAAAAAAAAACACAACCAACACUACACCAAGCACCAUGCUUUCAACGAUAAAUACAACCAUGACUACCACAACCCAAAAUAUAACCAUUUCCACAACACCUGUGACAACGACAACCGGAUCUUUCACAAGUACAACCCAAAAUACAACCAUACCCACAACCAACACAACACCAAGCACCAUGCUUCCAACGACAAAUACAACUAUGACUACCACAACCCAAAAUAUAACCAUUUCCACAACACCUGAGACAAGUAGAGACACAUCUUUCACCACUAUCAACCAAAACACGACAAACACAACUAUACCCACAACCAACACAACACCAAGCACCAUGCUUCCAACGACAAAUAUAACCAUCACUACCACAACCCAAAACAUAACCAUUUCCACAACACCUGAGACAAGGGCAACCACAUCUUCCACCACAACAAACCAAGCCACAACGAUAGCCACAACGAACACAACACCAGGUACCACGCUUCCAACGACAAAUACAACCAUGAUGACCACAACCCAAAAUAUAACCAUUUCCACAACACCUGAGACAAGGACAACCACACCUUUGACCACUACAACUCAAAACACAACAAACACAACCAACACAACACCGAGCACCAUGCUUCCAACGACAAAUACCACCAUGACUACAACAACCCAAAAUAUAACAAUUUCCAAAACACCUGAGACAAGGACAACAACAUCUACCACCACAACAAACCAAGACACAACAAUAGCCACAACCAACACAACACCAAGCACCAUGCUUCCAACGACAAAUACCACCAUGACUACAACAACCCAAAAUAUAACCAUUUCCACAACACCUGAGACAAGGAUAACGACACCUUUGACCACUACAACUGAAAACACAACCAACACGACACCAAGCACCAUGCUUCCAACGACAAAUACCACCAUGACUACCACAACCCAAAAUAUAACCAUUUCCACAACACCUGAGACAAGGGCAACCACACCUUUGACCACUACAACUCAAAACACAACAAACACAACCAACACAACACCAAGCACCAUGCUUCCAACGACAAAUACAACCAUGACGACCACAACCCAAAAUAUAACCAUUUCCACAAGACCUGAGACAAGGACAACCACACGUUUGACCACUACAACUCAAAACACAACCAACACAACACCAAGCACAAUGCUUCCAACAACAAAUACCACCAUGACUACCACAACCGAAAAUAUAACCAUUUCCACAACACCCGAGAGAAGUACAGCCACACCUUUGACCACUACAACUCAAAACACAACAAACACAACCAACACAACACCAAGCACCAUGCUUCCAACGACAAAUACCACCAUGACUACAACAACCCAAAAUAUAACCAUUUCCACAACACCUGAGACAAGUAGAGACACAUCUUUCACCACUAUCAACCAAAACACGACAAACACAACCAUACCCACAACCAACACAACACCAAGCACCAUGCUUCCAACGACAAAUACCACCAUGACUACAACAACCCAAAAUAUAACCAUUUCCACAACACCUGAGACAAGGGCAACCACAUCUUCCACCACUACAAACAGAGACACAACGAUAGCCACAACGAACACAACACCAGGUACCACGCUUCCAACGACAAAUACAACCAUGAUGACCACAACCCAAAAUAUAACCAUUUCCACAACACCUGAGACAAGGACAACCACACCUUUGACCACUACAACUCAAAACACAACAAACACAACCAACACAACACCAAGCACCAUGCUUCCAACGACAAAUACCACCAUGACUACAACAACCCAAAAUAUAACCAUUUCCACAACACCUGAGACAAGGACAACCACAUCUUCCACCACUACAAACCAAAACACAACAAACACAACCAACACAACACCAAGCACCAUGCUUCCAACGACAAAUACCACCAUGACUACCACAACCCAAAAUAUAACCAUUUCCACAACACCUGAGACAAGGGCAACCACACCUUUGACCACUACAACUCAAAACACAACCAACACAACACCAAGCACCAUGCUUCCAACGACAAAUACCACCAUGACUACCACAACCGAAAAUAUAACCAUUUCCACAACACCCGAGAGAAGUACAGCCACACCUUUGACCACUACAACUCAAAACACAACAAACACAACCAACACAACACCAAGCACCAUGCUUCCAACGACAAAUACCACCAUGACUACAACAACCCAAAAUAUAACCAUUUCCACAACACCUGAGACAAGUAGAGACACAUCUUUCACCACUAUCAACCAAAACACGACAAACACAACCAUACCCACAACCAACACAACACCAAGCACCAUGCUUCCAACAACAAAUAUAACCAUCACUACCACAACCCAAAACAUAACCAUUUCCACAACACCUGAGACAAGGACAACCACACCUUUGACCACUACAACUCAAAACACAACAAACACAACCAACACAACACCAAGCACCAUGCUUCCAACGACAAAUACCACCAUGACUACAACAACCCAAAAUAUAACCAUUUCCACAACACCUGAGACAAGGACAACCACAUCUUCCACCACUACAAACCAAGACACAACAAUAGCCACAACCAACACAACACCAAGCACCAUGCUUCCAACGACAAAUACCACCAUGACUACCACAACCCAAAAUAUAACCAUUUCCACAACACCUGAGACAAGGAUAACGACAACUUUGACCACUACAACUGAAAACACAACCAACACGACACCAAGCACCAUGCUUCCAAUGACAAAUACAACCAUGACAACCACAACACAAAAUAUAACCAUUUCCACAACACCUGAGACAAGGACAACCACAUCUUCAACCACUACAAACCAAGACACAACAAUAGCCACAACCAACACAACACCAGGUACCACACUUCCAACGACAAAUACCACCAUGACUACCACAACCCAAAAUAUAACCAUUUCCACAACACCUGAGACAAGGGCAACCACACCUUUGACCACUACAACUCAAAACAUAACAAACACAACCAACACAACACUAGGUACCACGGUUUCAACGACAAAUACAACCAUGAUUACCACAACCCAAAAUAUAACCAUUUCCACAACACCUGAGACAAGGACAGCCACAUUUUUCACCACGACAAACCAAAACACAACCGACACAUCCAUACCCACAACCAACACAACACCAAGCACCAUGCUUCCAACGACAAAUACCACCAUGACUACAACAACCCAAAAUAUAACCAUUUCCACAACACCUGAGAUAAGUACAGCCACAUCUUUCACCACUACAAACCAAAACACAACCGACACAUCCAUACCCACAACCAACACAACACCAAGCACCACACUUCCAACGACAAAUACCACCAUGACUACCACAACCCAAAAUAUAACCAUUUCCACAACACCUGAGAUAAGGACAACCACACCUUUGACCACUACAACUCAAAACACAACCAACACAACACCAAGCACCAUGCUUCCAACGACAAAUACCACCAUGACUACCACAACCCAAAAUAUAACCAUUUCCACAACACCCGAGAGAAGUACAGCCACACCUUUGACCACUACAACUCAAAACACAACAAACACAACCAACACAACACCAAGCACCAUGCUUCCAACGACAAAUACCACCAUGACUACAACAACCCAAAAUAUAACCAUUUCCACAACACCUGAGACAAGGAUAACGACACCUUUGACCACUACAACUCAAAACACAGCAAACACAACCAACACAACACCAGGUACCACGCUUUCAAUGACAAAUACAACCAUGACUACCACAACCCAAAAUAUAACCAUUUCCACAACACCUGAGACAAGGACAGCCACAUUUUUCACCACGACAAACCAAAACACAACCGACACAUCCAUACCCACAACCAACACAACACCAAGCACCAUGCUUCCAACGACAAAUACAACCGUGACUACCACAACCCAAAACAUAACCAUUUCGACAACACCUGAGAUGAGGACAACCACACCUUUGACCACUACAACUCAAAACACAACCAACACAACACCAAGCACCAUGCUUCCAACGACAAAUACCACCAUGACUACAACAACCCAAAAUAUAGCCAUUUCCACAACACCUGAGAUAAGUACAGCCACAUCUUUCACCACUACAAACCAAAACACAACCGACACAUCCAUACCCACAACCAACACAACACCAAGCACCAUGCUUCCAACGACAAAUACAACCGUGACUACCACAACCCAAAACAUAACCAUUUCGAGAACACCUGAGACAAGGACAACCACACCUUUGACCACUACAACUCAAAACACAACCAACACAACACCAAGCACCAUGCUUCCAACGACAAAUACCACCAUGACUACAACAACCCAAAAUAUAACCAUUUCCACAACACCUGAGACAAGGACAACCACAUCUUCCACCACUACAAACCAAGACACAACAAUAGCCACAACGAACACAACACCAGGUACCACGUUUCCAACGACAAAUACAACCAUGACUACCACAACCCAAAAUAUAACCAUUUCCACAACACCUGAGACAAGGACAGCCACAUCUUUCACCACUACAAACCAAAACAUAACAAACACAACCAUACCCACAACCAACACAACACCAAGCACCAUUCUUCCAACGACAAAUACCACCAUGACUACCACAACCCAAAAUAUAACCAUUUCCACAACACCUGAGACAAGCACAGCCACAUCUUUCACCACUACAAAUCAAAACACAACAAACACAACCAACACAACACCAAGCACCACACGUCCAACAAUAAAUAUGACCAUGACUACCACUACUCAAAAUAUAAACAUUUCUACAACACCUGAGAUAAGCACAACUACAUCUUUGACCCAAAACACAACAAACACAGCCAUACCCACAACCACCACUACACCAAGCAGCACACUUCCAAUGAGGAACACAACCAUGACUGCCACAACCCAGAAUAUAAGAAUUUCCACAACACCUGAAACAAGGACAACCACACCUUUGACCACUACAAUCCAAAACACAAACAUACCCACAACCAACACUAUGCCAAGCAGCACACUUCCAAUGAUGAACACAACCAUGACUACCACAACCCAGAAUAUAAGAAUUUCCACAACACUUGAAACAAGGACAACUACACCUUUGACCACUACAACCCAAAACACAACCAUACCCACAACCAACACUACGCCAAGCAGCACACUUCCAAUGAUAAACACAACCAUGACUACCACAACCCAGAAUAUAAGAAUUUCCACAACACUUGAAACAAGGACAGCUACACCUUUGACCACUGCAAUCCAAAACACAACAAACACAAACAUACCCACAACCAAUACAACACCAAGCACCACACUUCCAAUGACAAAUACAACCAUGGAUACUACAACCCAAGAUAUCAACAUUACCCCACCCCAAAAUAGAACUCUACCAACAACAAUCACAAAUACCAUACCUGCAACCACACCGUUUACCACUACAACACAAAACACAACCAUAUCGACCAGCAAUACAACACCAAGCACCAUACUUCCAACAAGAAAUACAACCAUGACUACCACAACACAGAAUAUAAUCAUUUCCACAACCCCUGAGACAAGAACGACCACACCUUUGACCACUACAAUCCAAAACACAACAAACACAAACAUACCCACAACCAAUACAACACCAAGCACCACGCUUCCAAUGACAAAUACAACCAUGAAUACUGCAACCCAAGAUAUAAACAUUACCCCACCCCAAAACAGAACUUUACCAACAACAAUCACAAAUACCAUACCUGCAACCACACCAUUUACCACUACAACACAAAACACAACCAUAUCGACAAGCACCAUACUUCCAACAGGAAAUACAACCAUGACUACCACAACACAGAAUAUAACUAUUUCCACAACACUUGAGACAAGAACAACCGCAUCUUUGACCACUACAACCCAAAACACAAACAUACCCACAACCAACACUACGCCAAGCAGCGCACUUCCAAUGAUGAACACAACCAUGACUUCCACAACCCAGAAUAUAAUUUCCACAUCCAUUGAUGCUGCAACCCAAGAUAUAACCAUUACCCCACCCCAAAACAGAACUUUAUCAACAAUCACAAAUACCAUACCAGCAACAACCACAGACACAUCUGCGACCAAUGCAUCCCAAACCACAGCAAGCACAACCAUAGCUACUGCUUCAACGACCAUGACAAGCCCCAUGAAACCCCAAGGUCCCGUAGCACUGGCUCAUUUCAAGAUGACGUUAAAUGUCCGUGAUGGCACGAGCAAUGCCACCAUCACUGAACUUGUUGAAUCGUUUUUCAGAGAACAGCUUCUGAGAGGAACAGCAUACACCAUCAAUGUCACAAAAAUUAAACGGACUGCCCCCUAAAAGUUUUCGUUCUGCUGGAGCGUGAGCUUUUAGGUUUGUUUGCUGUCAGUCAUGGUUGGACACUGCAAUAGGGGAGCCAGUGUUCCAAAGUAUCGUAUCCCGUCACUUCCUGCUAGGCGCAUGGAAGCCACACCCCGUGUGCCCUCACAUCACCCAAGGAAAGGUGAUUGCGUCAGAAGCCGUGAGUGAAAGACAGCCAUUCACACCAUGGCCCCCAUCACUACCAUCUUUACAAUUAUUGCAACCCAACAUUAGGUAAUACAUGGAAAAUAUGACUGAACUCAUUGUUUCAUAUUAAUGUCUGCGACUUUGUGGGAGUCAUGUUUUUAUUGAUCCAGCUUAAAUAAUUUAUUGACAAAAAAAAUACAAUAAAGCCGACUGUAAAACAACACUGCAGAAUUUCCAUUUUGUCCUCAAUGGCGGGUUGUUAAUUGCUAAUAAAUUAUUUACUUUUUAGUAUUGUUGGAAAAUUAUUUUUCGUUAUUCUUUGGUAGUGUUUGCAAAGCAAUGGUCAAAAUUUGCUAUCUGAUUAUUAAAUCUCAUCUCUUAUUUAUUGCUUAAUAAAAAAAACUCUUGCACAACA